AUGGCGACAGCACUCAUGAUGGGCGGGUGCAACUUCCAGCCAGACACUGACAUUCCAGACCUUGCCGGCAAAGUCGUCCUCGUCACGGGCGGAAACGCCGGCCUCGGUCUGGAGACGAUCCGCCAGAUCGCCAAGCACAACCCCGCGCAAAUCUACCUGGCGGGCCGCUCCAAGGAAAAGGGAGAGGCCGCCAUUGAGGCCCUGAAGAAGGAAAACGCCAGCCUUGCCCCAAUCUCGUAUCUCCCGUUGGACCUCGCCUCGUUUGAGAGUGUCAAGUCCGCAGCGAAGCAGUUCACAGCGUCCUCGACGCGCCUUGAUCUCCUCAUCAACAAUGCCGGAAUCAUGUCCACGCCCGAGGGCCUCACAAAAGAGGGCUACGAGAUCCAGUUCGGCACAAACCAUAUGGGCCACGCGCUGUUUACCCAGCUUCUCCUGCCCACCCUCAAGAAGACCGCCGUCGAGAACCCCGACGUGCGCGUCGUCUUCCUCUCCUCGGCCGCCGAGGGCUGGGCCCCCAAGGGCACGUACCAGUUCGACAAGCUCAAGACCAAGAUGCCCGAGACGGCAAGCCGGUUCCGCUACGGCAUCUCCAAGGUCGCUAACAUCCACUACGCUGCCGCGCUCGCGGAGCGCAACCCAGAGAUGAAGAUCGUUAGCGUCCACCCUGGUGUCGUCGACACCAACCUUGCGGAGGCCCUCAUCAACAACUCCAACAUGCUGCUGGGCACGCUCGUCUGGAUAGGCACAAAAAUUGUGGCCGUGAGCCCGCAAAAGGGCGCGCUGAACCAGCUCUGGGCGUCGUUCCACCCGGACGUCAAGACGGGGACGUUUUAUUUCCCCGUCGGCGUUGCGGGCAAGGGGACGAAGUUGAGCCAGGACAACGAGAAGAAGGAGCAGCUGUGGAAGUGGACCGAGGACGAGCUCCAAAGUCACUUGUAA